AUGACUCUUCUCCGACUCCCAUCUUCGCCGUUUCUUUGUUUCGUGCGAACGGCAAAACGUCGAGGCGUAAAAGCGCAACGUCUGAUGAAAGAAAAGAGGCAGACUGGUGGUGCCGAAGGGAAGAAGGUAGAACAGGUGAAGUCGAAGGGGAGGAGUUUUCGCUCUAGAAGGGACGCUACGCAAAUUUCUGUCGUGUCUCAGUACCCGCCGUUGCCUUUGCGUUUGGUUAAGCGAAAGGAAAAGCCGGCCGACGAUGUCUGGCUUAAAGCGGCUUACGUGAGGCCCGUUUAUUCAAUUGCCGAAGCUAUCGAGAUGCAUCGGGAAUUGCAGCAUCCAACGAUGUUCAACAACGUCGCUGCUCCGGUUGUUCUUCGACUCGAUUUGAACAUGGAGUUGGAGAAGAAGAACCAUUAUUUGGAGAGUACCUCAAAACUGAUCUUGAUGCCUCACACUUUCCAUCAUGAUCAAAAACGGACGAUUCUGGCAUUCGUUAAAAACCCUGACCUUCAGAUUAGCGCUUUAGAAGCUGGAGCGGAAAUCGCUGGUGGUCCGGAGUUAGUGAAGAAGGUAAGUUGUUAGUU